AUGUAUGAGGAUUUCGUAAGGUCUCCCAUUCAUCAGAAACAAUUAGCUGAAGAUGAUGACUGGCUCCUCCUUGUCAGCUCCGAUCACCAGAAGAAGGCAAGGUUUGCGGUGGUAACUGGUGGUGCCAGAGGCAUUGGUGAAAGCACUGCUAGGCUUUUCAUCCGACACGGCGCGAAGGUCGUUCUUGCCGAUGUACAAGACGACCUUGGCCGAGCCAUAUGCGAAGACAUUGCCAAUGAUGAAGUGGUUUCCUAUAUCCAUCGUGAUGUUAGCUGUGAAUCCGAUGUUGAAAACGCCGUAAACACUGCCAUGGCCAAGCAUGGUAAGCAGGACAUAAUGUUCGGCAAUGCUGGAAGUACAGGGAAGGGUGUCAAUUUUACCCGUCAACACGGACACUACAUAUUCCAUUAA